GGAGGGAAACGGCUUACAAAAUCCAAUUUUGAAUUGAAAUUUUAAAUUAUUUCCUUAAAUUGAUUUCAAGUGAGUUAUGUCGAUUAACAAUCUACCAAACGAGGUUCUUUUUAUGAUAUUUGACCAUUUUAAUGGAUUCGAAGAGUUGAUCCGAUUGUCUAAAGUCUCUCCAAGAUGGUUCUUGGUCGUUUUGCUGAAGUUUAGCAAAGUUAAAUAUCUUCAAUUGAUGGAUAAACGCCAAAGAGACGGUGACUACAUAGAGAAUAACAAACUUUGGAAAAACACUAGAGAAACUUUGAAAAGUCACAAUUUAAGAGAUUUGUUGCCCAAUCUAAGGAUUAUGGAAGUUCCGAAGGAUGUUUUUCUCCGUCUCCGUUCUCCGGAAUCGUAUGAUUUUAGAAGGUUGAUUAACGAACAUCCAAAAAUCAGAGGAUUAAUUGGACUUUAUGAACCUGUUGAGUUCGGAUAUAACUUGGAAAAUAUCGAAAUGAUUUCGUCAGAUUUCAAAUUCGAAUUUAAGAAAGUCUUUCGGCCUAAUCAGUUGAAACAAAUUCGCUUAAAGCAAAUUUACAUGUCUGAAUUUUAUCAAUAUGUCGAAUACUUUCCGAGUUUGAAACGACUUAGCUUAACCCUUUAUUAUGAUUCAGCAAAACCUUACAAUGGUCCAAAACUGCUCGAUUUAAAAAUCCUCGAAUUCACUCCAAGUUCUUGGGUGAACAAAUUGAUUGGAUUGCACUUCAUGGAUUCUUGUCCGAAUUUGCAAAGCGCUUUCCUCUCGUAUUCUGAUGAAAGUUAUUUCGCUAAAAAUAUCGUAGAUGAGUCCAUAAAGAAUUUCAAUCUAAGAGACUUGGUUAUCGAGAAUGCUUACUAUCUUACAUGGACAGCAUUAAGAAGGAUCCUGUCGAAAUUCCCGAAUUUACAUCAUCUUGCGAUUAGAGGCUACAUAGUUGAGGAAAGUCAUGUAGAAGAAUUUUUCAGACUAUUACCAAGAAUAAAACUGAUCGACUCGAGGAAAUAUGACGGAUUUAUUCGCGAAUCAGCGGAUUUUCUGUCCAAAUAUUGUGAGAAAUCCAAUCGACCAAUUAAAAUCUAUUAUGAUUGUGAAGAGGAGCCAAAUGAAUGGCCUCAAUUGGUUAAUACUGGCGAUCGAAUUUGUUAUGGAUUCGAUUUCAUGAAACACUGUUUUUAUAAAACUUGGGACUCACUUCCGCAUUUGCUUGAUGAAUAAAGUUGCAAAAUGACCCAUAUAAUUGAGUCGU